CUCUGUGCACUUUAGGUCCCAGAACUGCAGGAGAGACUGUCUGCGUCUUCAUCGUUCCAAAGGAUACAGCCGAGGAGUCAUCAUCACCUCUACACCCGGUCCGAAGGUCAGUUCGGAGAUUUAUUGCAUCCUCACAUUUUCCAAGAUCAUUUCAGAGAUUUAUAACUCUUUGGGGGAAGAAUCAUGGCACUCGCAGGAAUCCUGAAACAAGACAAAAUUGCUGCAGCUAUCCAGGCUUGUCAAGCCCCAGGAACGUUCCAAUACAAGUCGUUCUUUGAACAAGUGGGUCUGAUUGGUAAAGCCUCCUCGGAUGGGGAGAAGGUGUUCAAGGCCCUGGACCAGGACAAGAGUGGAUUCAUCGAAAAAGAGGAGCUGAAACGCUUCCUCCAGAACUUCUCCGCUGGGGCCAGAGAGCUCACGGAGGCGGAGACCAACGCCCUCCUGACGGCUGGGGACAGCGACGGAGACGGCAAAAUCGGGAUGGAAGAGUUCUGCGGCCUGUUGAACUGAGAACGGGGCGAUUGUCUGGAUUGACUUCAUUUCACGAUUCUCUCUUCUUUAUUUGCAUGUGUUAUCUGUGAUUCGUUCUUGUGUUUUAAGUUGCUAAAUAAGUUGUUUAUGAGUUGCUAAUUAAAAUACACUCUAAAAAAUGCUGGGUUGUUUAAACCCAAAGUAAACCCAAAACAAACACAAAUACUGGGUUAAAUAAUUUAAAUAGAAGACUUAACCCAACGGUUGGGUUUGUCCAUAUUUGACCAAAGUUUAGGGUUUAAACAACCCGGCAUUUUUUAGAGUGCAGCCUUUGUAGAAAAUGUGCAAAUCAUGUUUGGGAAUACAAUUGAAUAAAAACUUGCUUCUGUAACUAGUGAUCGGAAAUGAAACUGCUCAAUAAAGUGAAGUCUCAAGUAUGGGAA